ACUUCUUAAAAGCAAGCCACGAAAGUACUGCAACCUUACCUCUUCAAAUCCCUUCAUUUUCUCUUCUUCCAAAUCUAAUACAAUAUUCAACUCUACACACCACACUACUCUUUGGUCUUCUUUCUAAAGUCUCUACCCCCCUUUUAUAGCCGCGUCCAUUGCACCGUUUAAAGACUGAUACAUCUCUCUCUAUUUCUCUCUUGGAUUUAUGGCCAAAGGAGGUGGACUCUCCAUUGAUUUAGAUCCAAUUGGCUUCUUUCUCCACCAGCCAAUAGUACUCAACUCAUUCCCCGAAGACAACAUUAACAACCACAACAAUUUCAAGUGUAAACUUACUGCCAUGGAUGCUACACUCAAUAAUAGGUCACCUCCCUCCACUAUCCAAUUCCCAGUUAACCUUAACUGCUCCAAUCUCCGUGAUUCACCUCCACCGUCCGAUGACAAACGAACGGUCAUCGAUGAGAUGGACUUCUUCGCCGAGAAAGACCGUGACAACAAGGCUGCCCCCUCUACCGAUCAUGCCGAUAAAAAAGACGACUUAGACCGUCCGACCACGUUAGAGUUUAACGUAAACACUGGUUUGAAUCUUCUUACUACGAACACUUGUAGCGACCAAUCCAUGGUGGACGAUGGCAUAUCACCGAACGUGGAAGAUAAAAGAGCUAAGAGUGAGCUAGUUGUUAAUAAAGCUGAGCUUGAGCGAAUGAAGGUGGAGAAUCAGCGACUAAAAGAGAUGCUUAAUCAGGUUACCACUAAUUACAAUGCUCUCCAGAUGCAUUUGAUGACUCUGAUGCAGGCUCCGAAAGCUGAAAACACCGAAGAAAAUGGUAGGGUAGAUGAGAAAGUAGUAGAGGGAAAAAAUAAUGGAGGACUAAUUGUGCCUAGACAGUUCAUGGAUCUUGGGCUGGCUGCUAAUGGUGAUACUGAUGAGAAUUCGGUCUCUUCAUCGGAAGGAAGAAGCCGGGAACGGUCAGGAUCGCCCGGUAACAACGGAGAGUUGGCCUCAAAGAAGGUCAGAAUGAUAAAGGAUGGAAUUAGCGAGGAGCGGCUUGUGUUUGAUCAGGAAAACAAGAAGGAAUAUGGUAGAGGAGAUAAUGGGAGAGAGGAAAGCCCAGGUGGUCAAACUUCACAAGGAUGGGGUCCUAACAAAGUUCCUAGAUUCAAUUCUCCUAAAAAUGUUGAUCAAACGGAGGCCACGAUGAGGAAGGCACGGGUUUCUGUUCGAGCUCGAUCAGAGGCGCCUAUGAUCACUGAUGGAUGCCAAUGGCGAAAGUAUGGGCAGAAGAUGGCUAAGGGAAAUCCUUGUCCUCGAGCUUAUUAUAGAUGCACCAUGGCUGCUGGUUGCCCAGUUCGAAAACAAGUACAAAGAUGUGCAGAAGAUCGGACAAUCCUGAUAACCACAUACGAGGGCAAUCACAACCAUCCUUUGCCCCCAGCUGCAAUGGCAAUGGCAUCCACAACUUCAUCAGCAGCGCGAAUGUUGCUCUCGGGGUCUAUGUCUAGUGCUGAUGGACUAAUGAACUCAAAUUUCCUGACCAGGACACUUCUACCAUGCUCCUCUAGCAUGGCAACAAUCUCAGCCUCAGCCCCAUUCCCAACUGUUACAUUAGACCUAACUCAGUCCCCUAACCCUUUACAAUUGCAAAGGCCACAAAACCAAUUCCAAAUCCCAUUCCCAAACCCAACCCAGAAUUUUUCCAAUGCCUCGCCCUCAUUGCUACCUCAAAUUUUUGGUCAGGCACUUUAUAACCAAUCAAAAUUCUCUGGCCUUCAGAUGUCCCAAGAUAUGGACCCUGCCCAAUUACAGGCAUUGCCAAUGAACCAAGGGCAGCAGAACUCAUCACUUUCUGACACUGUGAGUGCAGCCACUGCUGCCAUUGCAUCAGACCCAAACUUCACUGCAGCUCUAGCAGCAGCCAUCACUUCUAUUAUUGGUGGUGGUGCUCAUCCAAACAACAAUGGUAACAAUAAUACCAGCCUCACCACCACCUCCAACAGCAAUGGAAACAUAACUACCAGCAACAGCAAUAGCAAUGGCAACAAUAAAAUCAACAAUUCAAGUUUCCAAGGCAACUAAGCUGAGGCUACUUUCCUCUCACAAAGUUUUCUUUUUUUCUUUUUUGUGGAGUUUUUUAAUUUCCUUUUUUUGGGGGGAUCAGAAAAAGACAGACAAAUACUUUUUUUUUUUUUUUUCAAUUAGUUUUGUCUUUGGAUUAAGCAUAGUUUUCAUAUUCUUUGUUAUUUUGAAUAAUAUGUUCCAAAAAUUGUAUGUCAAAGCAAAGUCAAAAAGGAAAAGAAAGAAAUAAAUAGAAGAAUGCGUAUUAAAGUUCC